UUGGUGUAUAUAGCACCCAUUCUAUCUAUCCUCUUCAAUUAUUCCAUCAAAAAAAUGUUUUACCUAAUCACAGCUCUCAUUCUUGCUGCAAUCUUCCUUUUCUUCAAUAAAUGGAAGAAAUCCAAAAAUAGCAAAUCGACGAAACAGCUGCCACCCGGCCCCCGAAAACUUCCUAUAAUCGGAAACCUUCACCAGAUGAGAAACCCUCCCUUCCGCCGCUUCAGAGAUCUCUCCAACCACCACGGCCCCUUGAUGCACCUCAAGCUCGGCGAGCGCAACGCCAUCAUCGUCUCAUCUCCACAGCUCGCGAAAGAAAUGCUGAAAGAUCUCGACCCCGGCUUCGCCAACCGGCCUCAGAACAUUGCCACAGAAAUCAUGUGGUACAACAGCAGCGACGUCGUUUUCUGCCCCUUCAACGACUACUGGCGCCAGAUGCGGAAGCUCUGCAUCAACGAGCUUCUCAGCCCGAAAAUGGUGCGCCUUUUCGAAUCAAUCCGGCGAGACGAGACCGCUCGGCUGAUCGAUUCCCUGCGCGAAUCUUCCGGAAGCUCUGUCGAUUUCACAGAGAAGAUCUUCUCCUUGUCGAGCUCCAUCACUUGCCGGGCGGCCUUUGGCCGCGCCUGCGAGGAUAGUAACACGCUGAUGAAGAUGAUCGCGGAUACGCUGCAUAUGGCGGCGGGAUUUGAGAUCACGGAUCUGUUCCCGUCGUCGAGGAUCGCGGCCGCGGUGAGCUGGGGGAAGGUGAGGUAUAUGAAGAAGAUGCGGCGCAAGCUUGAUGUGAUUUUGGAUGAUAUCAUCGACCGGCAUAGGAGGAAUCGGGCGAAAAUUGCAUCUGGGGAUGGCCGGAGAUUCGGGAAUUCGGAGUUUGGGGGUGAGGAUUUGGUUGAUGUGUUUCUUAGGGUUAAGGAAGAAGAGGAGCUCAAGUUUCCAAUUGAUAAUCACAACAUCAAGGCUGUGCUGUUUGAUUUACUUACAGGUGGAACUGAUACUUCAGCAGAAACUGUUGACUGGGCCAUGGUAGAGCUAUUGAGGCACCCUCGCACGAUGGCCAAGGUACAAGCUGAAGUACGACAAGCCAUGAAAGGAAACUCUAGUUUUGAACAAAACAACGUCGUUUCUAAUAUGAAAUAUCUAAAACUGGUGAUCAAAGAGAUUCUGAGGCUGCACCCUCCAGGUCCGAUGAUACCUAGAUCUAGCAACGAGGAACAUUUGAUCAAUGGAUACACCGUACCCGCUGGAGCGAUGGUGUUGGUAAAUGUAUGGGCCAUGCAGAGGGACCCGAGGAAUUGGAAAGAUCCAGAGAAGUUUGAGCCCGAGAGAUUCGAGGAUAAUGCUGUGGAUUUUACUGGUGGUGAUUUUGAGUAUUUGCCGUUUGGAACUGGAAAAAGAAUGUGCCCCGGGAUGACGUUCGGCUUGGCUACUGUGGAGUCGGCUCUAGCCCAGAUGCUCUACCACUUCGAUUGGAAGCUUCCGGAAGGUGUCAGGGCUGAGGAUUUGGACAUGAUUGAAACUGUAGGGCUAUCAGCUCCGAGAAAACAGAAGUUAUUUGUGGUCGCCACUCCGUAUAAAUUAGCUUAUUAGCAUGUUAAUGGACUGUUAAUGUAAAACUUGCUAUUACCAAGGGACCUCUCUAUCUCCAAUAUUGCACACCAACUGUUCGGUGGAAA